AAAUUCAAUUGACUGGUAAUUGUACAGUGUGUGUAUGAGUGAAAUUCACUUUUAGUAUCAAAGUUGUAAAGCUACUUUUCGGACAUCCUGUAUUACGCAUUUCUUGUUUGCCCUAAAAAGUAUCUUAAGCCUAAGACAUGUAUAGACACUAAUGUGUUAGUGUACAUUAUUUUAAAUGAAUUUAUAUCAAUACUUUCUAUAUUCAUUUAUAAUUGAUGUAAGGAAUACACAUAAUGUGGUGUGAAGUUAUAGGUUAGUGACUAUCUACUCUACAAUGUAGUGUGAUUUACUACCAAUGACAGCAUGUCUCAUGUGUUUUAUUCCCCUCAUUUCCUCUUUCAGGGUCACCACAGUGAAUCGCCCGUCCGCAUAUUGAUUCUGGCACAAGUUUUACCCCGGAUACCCUUCCUGACGCAACCCUCACCAUUUUCUGGGUUUGGGGCCAGCACUGAGACUGCACUGACUCGUGCAAACCCUCCAGUGGUUUAAGUUAAGAAGAAAAAAAUGCAGUCACGUUACAAAGAAACUGGAAAGCUAAAGGCUUUCCUGUGUCGGAAAACCUACUAUUACAAAGUGCUGACACUCGAGACUCCUUCCAUAAAUGUUAAAUAUGUUAAAUGUUAAAUCUCCUCACAAAAAAAUAUCACCAUAUCAUUUACAUUUAUAGCACAUGACAGACGCCCUUAUCCAGAGCGACUUACAUUUAUCUCAUUUAUACAACUGAGCAGUUGAGGGUUAAGGGCCUUGCUCAAGGGCCCAACAGUGGCAGCUUGGCAGUGCUGGGGCUCAAACUCCUGACCUUCUGAUCAGUAACCCAGAGCCUUUAACCACUGAGCCAGCACCACCCCUUAAAUAUUAACAAUUAUACUAUAUAAUUAGGACUAUAUACAGUAAUUAUAUUCUUUGCUGAAUAACGACACGUUUUAAAAUCAAUUUAUUAUUAAUCCUCGAUUAUGUGCUGUGUCCACCGUACAUGUCCAUGCAGUUGUUACUAUAUAAACAAUAACGUGUUAGAAUGAGAGCAUUAAUAUACACCUGUAAUUUCAAUUACAACUGACGCUACUGUCAGAGCUGCUGGUCUAGAAAAUUAAUCAACAACUUCUGAUCAAUCACGUUCGAGAAUUCAACAGCACUGUGGUAUAAUUAAUCAUUUAUACCUGUCUAAACAGAUAGCUUGAGAUUAAUAGCUUUGUCCAUGUCUAUCGUUUUUUGACAUCUGGCUUCAGAUUGAAUCUCUUUUCUAAAAUAUAUUUACUUAUGUAUUAGUAGUAAUCAUGCAUAAUACUUUAUUAUUAUACGUCUAAAGUUUCUCAGCAUGCUUCCCCCCUCAUGAUGAAGUAUGACGUGUAUAUGUGAUGACGCUGUUGUAUAAGCUCUAUAAAAACUUGCUGUUUUACAAUGUGAGCAGCAGAUAGCGAGACUUCCGUAUUCCAUAUUAGGAAGAAUUUGAUCUCAGAAAGGGGAAUUUAAAAGAGUUGAAGUGCAUCUAUUCUUUUAAUCGGGAAACAUGUUUGUCCUGAGUACACUACUGCUUUUGUGGGACUUAGCACUCGUCUGUGGUGCAAACAGCACCGUUCAGCUUCAGGACGACACGGCGCCCUUCCAGGUGGAAUUUCAUUCAGUGAACUUCAGAAAUGUCCUGCACUGGAAACACCAUCCUGAGGCAGCGGAUGACCUGCAGUAUUUCGUGCAGUAUAAAGUGUAUGGAGACAAGGAGUGGAGUGUGUGUGAGCCCUGUCAAGCUAUCCAUGAACCGCAGUGUGACCUGAGCCAGGAGACGUCUGACCCGCGCCAGUGGUACUACGCAAGGGUUCAGGCUCGAUCCUCCAAAGGUCUCUCACCAUGGGUUACAAGCACCAGGCUUUACCCUCAGUGGGACACCACUUUCAGCCCACCAAAUAUCAAGCUGAAUGUGACACAGCAAGGCAUUGUGGUCUGGAUCAGACCUCCACGGACCCCUCCACAGGGACAGAGGAACAGCAGGGUCUCAGUUACAAAACUACUGAAGCUGAUAUUCAGGAUUUACCUCAUGCACGAUGGGGUGGAGCAGAUCCUUGAAACUGACGGCUGCCCGAAGAAGGUCUUGAUUGAGCACUUAAGCCCUCAAACGACGUACUGUGUACAAGCAGUGACCAUCAAGCCCCUCUCAGGCCUUACAAGCUCGAGGAGUCCCAAGUCCUGCAUCAGCACCUUGUAAAGCUUCGCACAGAUGCUGUACACAUCUCUACAGCAGCAGAGACAUUUGAGACAGCCGCCGGUGUCCAUCGUACAGUCCUGCCUUUAUGUUUGUCCAAACAGUCCACAGGGAGGUUAUAGGGGAGGGAUGAACCUGAAUGCUAUACACAAAAACUUCUCAUCAGCUGAUAGCCAGAGAUUGCUCAUUUGGGAUAUGAUCCUGCUGGGAGCUGCUCAGUUUAGACCUGAACUAAAGACACCAUUUCUGUUCUGGCUAAAUUUAGUUUGACAUUUGAGACUGAGGCUGGAGUUGGUAACACAAAUGUCUUUAUCUAUGUUUUUUGUCAUCAAUGUGCUCUAUAACACCAACCAGAAAUUUCUAGAAAGCUUUAAUAUAUGUGACAUAAUUAAUAUAUGAAGAAUAAAUUUAUUGCAUCCCAUCCGAUUCAUUUUAGCCAUCUUGUCUUAUUGAGAGCAGUGAACUUUGCUGUCGCGCUGCUCCAGGGUUUCCCGUUUGAUUCUGAGCUCAGGUUACCACCCCGUGUUGAGUUUCACAUGGUCUCCCUAUGGGUUUCCGCUGGGUUCUCCAGUUUCCUCCCAAAACCCUGCUGGUAGGUGAAUUGGUGAUCAAUGACUCGAAAUUAUCCCGAUCUGUGAACGUAUGA